UGUCAGCCAUUCCGACCUGAACAGGAGCAGAACAAGGAGGCACAUCAGCAUGAAUCAGCAGCCCCAUGAUGUGUUUGACAGUCCUUCUUCCCAUACCAAUGGCUACAGCACCACUGCUAAACCACAGGUCCACAGAACCUCUAGUUCAGUAAGGAGAACUCCUGUGAGAAGUGCUCUGGAUAUCCUUGCUGACAAGAUUGCCAGUGCUGUGAUACGGGAGAGCCCUUUGGCCACUGACUUUAAGGACUCCACUGACAACACGCCCACCCUACUUACUCCAGACUUUAACCUGGACAAUCCUGCGGAUGCUAUGGAUGAGUCAGUGUUUGCCUCCAGGGACCUGAUAGGAAGAAGUCCUGUUGGGGUGUUUGUCUCGUCUCACACACCACGUAGACCAGUCACCUCAGACACCGAGGCUCAUCUUAGAACUUCAGAGUUCAGAAGUUUUUUGAUAGAAGAGGAUGAAGAUAAAGAAAAUGAAAUCGAUAAAUUUGAUAUACAGAGAGACAAGGAAAGACUUUCCAAGACUGAGACAGAAGUCUAUCACCGUUGUAAUAAUGACAAGCCACAGGUGAUCCGUGGAACUAUGGAUCAUGUUGAUACAUCUGAUGAUAACAUGGACAGCGUGCCUCCAGGUCUAGAGCUUUCCCCAUCCCCUAGUCCUGUAGUGCCCGAAAAGCCCUCACACAAACCAGGGUCAGGAGAUUUUGAAGAUGACAGUGUAUUUGUGCCUGUACAGGAAGGUUUACAGUAUACCUCACCCUACAGGCCGAAGAUGUCUGGUCAAGCAGAGUCUCUUCAUGAAAAGAUUGAGCGGUACAAGCAACUACGCUCAACAAUUCUCAGCAAUGUUACAUCACAAAAAAGUCCUGAGAAACAGGAAAUGAUUGAGGAGGUUAAAGCGAUGUCUAGUCCAGGUUUUUCCAGGAACCCUGAUGACCCUGUUCAACAUUUGUAUAUUUCUGAUCAGGAUGAUGCAUUAGGUUGUGAGGAAGCUAAGCAUAGUCCAGUUGACACAACCAAAAACCAUUGGGUAAGUCACACGCCAGAACGUCAGUAUCGGCUGACGCCAGCUCAUCGUGAAGAGUUGUACAGUUUGCAAGUGGACGAUUUAUUAGAUCUUAAUACCAGCAAAACUGACUUCAGUAGCUCUGAUGGCAGACCUCACACCACAGCACGUCUUUCUACUUCUCUCCAAGAUUUUAGCAUGGGGAAGAAAAUGGAAGAAGAUUUUCUUCACGAAGAACCUUUCUCCAAAAAUCACUUGAUACCAUUUGACCUUGAUCUAGACAUUGAAGGUGACAGUCAAGGAAUGUCUAGAAUCGGCCCACUGAAAACCCAGUCUCCUAAUAACUCCUCCAGAGCUGAUCGCCAUGUUACCUUCAGCCCCAAGGAAUCCCCUGACUCCUAUAAACAGUUAUUCUCUCUGGACGUGGAGGAUUUAGACUUUGGAGACGUUCGCCACUCGAAAGAGACAGAAUAUGGAGCUAAAUCUAGUCCCACACAUGCAGGGAAGUCACCCAUUCUUGAUGAUAGCUGCUUGUUUCUGGAUUCCUCACUAAACUUAGAGGGUUCCUUCCUUGUGUCAUAGUCGACUGUCUAAGAAAUGAGGAUUACAGGACUUCAGUAGGACCACUGUGCUGUGGCAUACUCCCAAAUAGUCACUGCUGCUUUCAAGGAACAAGGAAGUUAGAGGUCUUCACAAUGUGAAGUGACCACAUCAAGUUUAACAGGACAAGAAAGAUUCACAAAGAACGCUGUGGUGUUGUAAAAAAAUGACCACAGCCUCUAGUGCAGUAUAAAGAAGAUAAGAAGACUUCAUCUGGUUGGGAUAUUUUCUCAAAUUACCACAGCACCAAGACAAUUUAAAGGGCCUCACGAGGGCUACUAAGUUACUGUGAUAUUUUAUCACAUCAUCACAGCCUUUUUUUUUACAGAAUGAAGAGGAUAAGACAACUGCACCAGGACUGGAAAUCAGUACUAGUAUGACACAUUUAUCCACCUGUUAUUCGGAGGGAAAUCAUUCAGUAUUGAUAAAAAAAACCUUCUGUGAUACAUGCAGGCGUUACAAAAUCAGGACACUGUAUUGCUAAUGGAGUCAUUACACUGUGAAAAAAUAAUUGAAUCUAACUUUUACAUAUUUUUUAAGUUAGUUGUUUUUCUGCUGAGAUUUUCACGAUGUUUUUUUGUUACCAAUGCAUUUAUUUUCUUAAAAAGUACUAAUUGUGUGUCACCCAACUGCUUACCAUUAAUGCAUAUAUUACUUUGAUCAAUUUAAAUAUUUUGAGACAUAAAUUCACAGAAUGUAAGUCAAUUUCAAUAUCUUUAAAUUUUUUUGUGGAAACAGCAGUAGUAAUUUAUUUUUUGUGCAUGUUGAUGAAUUAGGACUGACUUCGUCUUUCACACAAAUUUAUAUUCAGCUAUUUUCAGGUGUGGUUCUGGCUCAGUGUUCUGUUGAUAACUUCCACUUCAGUCUUUCCAUUUAUAUAGAAGAAGGGGCCUCCAGGGCCUAGUGUUUAGCAUGCUAGUGUAGCACAGUGACUCAGGAGCCUUUUCACCAAUCAUGAAUGUAAUCGCUGUGAGUUCAAGUCCAGCUCAUGCUGUCUCCCUCUUCCGUCGUAUGUGGGAAGUUCUGACAACAUCCUGCGGAUGGCUGUAGGUUUCCUCCUCCCGUAAUACUGACCGCCAUUAUAUGAGUAAGGCGUAAAACCACAGUCAGAUAACUAAAAUAAACAAACUUAAAUACACGGGCCCUUUGACCUUAUUUUGUAAACGGCAAUAUGCAGUGUAUGAGUCUGUUUUGAGACAUAUCCUUCUCUUUUGUUGUUGAUAUCCACAGAAAUACAAGAUACAUGAGUUAUUCUGAUAAUUCGUUCUUUUUUCUGAAAGGAUUGCCAUUGUGGUGAAUAUAACAGCAGAUGAGCUAUAAUAUAUCAAUUUAAAUACUUUGAGACGUAAAUUCACAGAAUAUAAGCCAAUUUAAAUAUUUAAAAAAAAAAAAAUAUUUUUUUUUAUGGUUUGUACAUGGUCCAGUCUUGUAUUCUGAAUAUCAAGGUCCAAUCCUUACCUCACGAAAGAAGAAAAAGUCCGCCGGACAGAUUUGGAUGAUUUAUACACUGCAUUAUAGUAAUUACAGGAACAGUUUUUAUUAGCAAGCAACGUCCCCUUAAUUAAUAAAGGAUGUGGAUUAGAAUGGCUUGAGAAUAGAGUCACGGCUCUGAUGUUCAGAAGUGUUUUAGUAGUAUUAAAAGCUUGGAAUUAACUUUAAUCUGUAGUGAAGUCCAACCGGUUUUGUAUGAGAACAGACUGAUAUAAAGAUUAAAGCCUAGCUGAAGUUUUAAUACACUUUUGAACAACAGGCCUGGGGCCUGUAUUUAACUGAAGAGUCUCGGACCGGUUGUUCAAAAGCGCGUUAAAAGUUAAGCCAGGCUUAAAAAUCUAAUACAAAACUAAUGACACUUCAGUCCAGACUUCAGUUAAUACCGAGCUUAUAACCGCUAAUACACUUUUUUAAUAACCCUGUUUCAUAAAGUCAUGUAAGCAUAUAUGUUCAUUUUCCUCAGACAAACAUCAGCUAAAAGUGCUUGUUUUAUUACAAUUUAGAAAGUUGUGUAGAGAAAUGAAAUGUGUAUAUAUUUCAAGAAAAAAAGUUUCCAUCACAUUUGUUAUUUAAGGUUUUUCCAAUUUUGACAUGUAGGUGGAGAGAAUUAUGGGCAAUUUGUUUCCUUUUAUCAGUUGACAGUUACUCUUGAACUGAUUGGUUUUCAUUUAAAAUACAACAUAUGAAGGUAAUGGAAUAUGAAUGGUG